UUGAAGUAUGAAAAUUUUCAGCCCGACUCAAAAGUUGGCUCUGAAAAAUGGAGCGUUCCGAAGGAAAGUGAAGAUAGUGCAAAGAGAGUCGAAUCAUUCUUUUCUGAUGAUAACGAUAACGACAAUAAUUAUAAUUACUAUAACAAUAGAAACGAUGAUCAGAAUAAUAACAACAAUAAUGAAAAUGCUCCCGAGAUCAUGUUGCUGAAUGAGAACGGAGAAUAUAUUAGGUCGUUUGAAUCGAAACCCGAUCUCGCAACUCAUAAUUACCAUUCCAAGAUGGAACAAGAUGAGAGCAAAGGCAAAUCGUAUGAAAGCGAUGAGCCAAAAAUAGAAUCAAGUCUGGAUGAUUUAUCGAUACCACUUCCAUCAAUGCAAGUCGUUUCCAUGAAACUAACCAAACACGUAGAUGAAAACGUUAACAACGAUAACAUUCCAUCUGCUGCGUGUGGCAAGAAUGAUGUGGAUGUAUGGAUAUCAAUCGAAAACGCCAUAUUCAAUUCGAUGAGUGCCCAAAAGCUUUCCUAUGCACAUUCGGCACAUGCCUGCAAACAAAAAUGCAACACUAUCACGAAUGCUGGUCGAGAGUGUCCAGCGGUCACCUAUCACGAAAUGGAACAUGAAUGCAUUGCUUAUACGAAUAAUAUCCAAUCGAUCCUAGCUCUACGCAUCAAACCAUCUUCAACGAAUAACUUCAAUACAAGAACUUUACUUAAAUUCUUAGAUUUACAAGCGUUUAAUGGAUGUUCCGAGUUUACAUCAUUUCCCGACUAUACACUCGAUGUGAAACCUCGAGAGCAAUUCGACGGCAUGCCAACCGGCUACGAAGGUCUAAAAGCGUGCAUCGAACUGUGUGUUCUGUCACCGAAUUUCUAUUGCAAGUCAGCAUCGUUCCGUUACACGGAAGGGCGUUGUUUGCUGAGAGACGACAAUUCGAUGACGAAACCAGAAGCGUUCCAUGAACACUCGCCGCUUAAUGAUGAAAUUUAUUUCGAGAAUGGUUGCGAGCAAAUUUUGACGAUUGAUAAUCAACAAGAUUCAUCUGAGCACGCUCAAAUGGUCAGAAUAUCGUCAACGGAAGGCGAUUAUUCGAAGUAA